AUGGACUACAUUAACAGCAUUCUUGGGCCCCAAAAAGGCUUGCUGGUGGAGGAGGCCAUUCCCACACUAUGCAACAGGCUCCAGCACGCCACCAUGACUUCGGACCGCCGUUCGGCAGUUUUGGGUCUAAAAAGUUUCAGUCGCCAGUACCGUGAGUUGGUGGUCCAAUAUGGUUUACGAGGACUUGUGGCCACUUUGGUGAAGGAUUCGAGUCAGGAUGCCAUAGUAAAAGCGGUUUUGGAAACCCUUUUGGUGCUUUUUAUUCGUGGACAAGACGAUGAAGAUGUAACUCGUGGAUGGAUCUCGCAACAGCUGCGAGUGCAAAAUGGAAAAUAUCCGUCACCAAUUCUUUUGGAGGAAGGUGGGUUAGACCAGUUUCUGCUUAUGGUCGCCGACGAACUCACACAACAACCAGACCCCGAAAAUAACCCCUUGAAAGUGAUAAUUGAUGUGGUGAGCGAGGUGGAAGAUUUCCAUAUUCGUCUCUAUGCCCUCCAACUUUUGGAGCUGCUUGUGUCCACACGUCCUGCUCGGACUCGAGAAGCACUCCUUGCUAUCCCCACUGCAUUCUCCACCAUUGUCUCUCUCCUCAAUGAUCCCCAUGAACCCGUGCGCAACGAAGCCAUUCUCUUCUUGAUGGCUGCUGUAAAUAGAAACUUCAACAUCCAGAAACUUGUGGCUUUCGAGAACACGUUCGACAUCUUGUUCGAUAUAAUUGACGAAGAAGGUGGUAUCCGGGGCUCCAUUCUCGUCCAGGACUGCUUGACGCUUCUCACCAACCUUCUCAUGUACAACGCAUCCAACCAAAAGUACUUUCUCGAGACCAAUUGCGUGGCCCGCUUGGCUAAACUCUUGGGUGAACCUUUGGCAGACACAGACCCCGAUUUUGCACCUCCAGAAGACGACCAAUUUGUCCCUCCACCCAUGGUCUGGACAGAACAGCGGCUCCAAAAUAUGAUUAUUGGACUCGAAAUUUGUCGAACAUUGGUGGAAGACGACAGGACCGGCAAUAACCAGGAUAAACUCUUCGAAUGUGGCAUUCUUUUCGUGCUCUUGAAACUCGUAUUUUCCCAGGAAACAGUCAACCAGAUCCGUAGCGUUGCACUUCUCUGCACCGCGGACCUUAUAUCGACAAACCAACGACUCCAGCUCGAGCUCUCAAAGGUAGAUGUUCCCUAUAUUGACCCAUCGAUACCAACUAGCGUGGAAUAUGACCAUGCUGUGGCCGUACCAUUGGCUCUCUUGAAUUGGGCUCUCAACUUAAACUCGGUUAAUGUGUUCGACGUCCGAGUAGGAGCCGUGUGCUGUUUGCACGAGUACUUUCGAGAUAAUAACGAAGCCAAAACUGCAUUCAUGAAGGAACAAAUCGAACUCUAUUUUUCAGAAACUGCUAUAACAAACGGAAACGGCUCAGCAAUUCCACCUCCACAAUCGAAUCUUUUUACAACCUUGAUGGACUAUGACACAGAUAUCAGACUCAACCCAUACAAGAUUUGGUUUGCAGCCGUACUCGUUCUCUAUUUAUUUGAAGAUUGCGAUGAAAACCGCCAAACUGCCAGAAACGUCGAAGUUGGAAACGAAGGUGCUGGCGAAGAAGUCAUGACUUCAAUCCAAGCAAUGUCAAGCUUGUUAGUCACUACGCUUGAAAACACAGAUAUUCGAAUUUCCAUCGGAUACAUGAUGCUACUCAGUAUUUGGCUCGUGGGAGACUUUCAAGCUGUCGACGAAUUUCUUUCAGAUAUUUCCACCGUGCGCUCUUUGGUUGCGUUUGUCACUAAUAACUCAUCUGAGCUGCCUAUAAUGAAUGGAAUGAUAAUGUUGUUACUCGGAAUUGCAUACGAGUUUUCCACCAAAAACUCACCAACUCUGCGGUACGACCUAUACCAAUUGCUCCUGAAAGCGGUGGGAACUACAAACUACUCACUUAAAGUCAAACAGUUUGAAGAUGACGAAGCCAUCAAAAACUUUGACGAGAAUACCAUUUUCAAUUAUCAAAAAGACGACACUGGUUUGCCUGAGGUUUAUUUCGAUGGUAUCUACGUUCAAAUGAUGAAGGACAAUCAUCUCCGGUUUCGUCGUGCUCUUUUCCACGAUCCCGAGGUCCAGCCAAAAGCUAAAAUCAAUUAUGAGACUUAUGAAGAACUCACGCGAGAUUUCCAGGAGCUUCAAAAAGUUGUUGCCAGUACCAAGGAAGCUUCAGAGACGGUGAAGGAUGAACUUAACCUGAAAUUGAAGGAGUUGACUUCUCAAUACGAAAACACGGAGAAAUCGUUAAGUACUACUACCUGGGAGCUCAACAAGUUGAAGGAAGCGCACAAAAUCACAGAAGAGAAACUCAAAAGUCUCCAGGAAGAAUUGUCUAAAACUAAGGCUGAACGAGAUUCGUUAUUAGCAUCUACAAAGAAGUUUGAGAAAGAGUUGCACGACACAGCAAAAGCUUCCGAAAGCUCCAAUGAACUGGUCAAGUCUUUAACCAGCAAGCUUGCCGUGGCGGAAGAAGGAAGGAAGAAAGCCGAAGAUGGUAUUAAUAAAAUGAACCGUGAACUACUCAAUCUUACCAAGCUGACGAAGGAAGCUGAGAAGAAAGCAAAGACUCUUGAAAAUGAACUCAAUUCCUUAAAGAAAGAACUUUCCAAGAAGUCUGAUGAGCUGGAAAAGGGUUUGAAAAAGCUUGCACAAGAAAAAUCCUCUGUGGAACAGCAAUUGGAGCAACUCAGAAAGCAGAUGAUAGAGUUGGAAAAGUCUCAUCAAGUGCAAUUGAAAGAAAAGGACGAGAAGUUGGUCGACACAGAAGCUUCCAACGAGCAUCUCAUGGACAAGUUAAGGUCUGCUGGAAAUGCAAUUCAGAAAAUGAAGGCUGAGAUGGAGAAGAUAGAGCAAAAACGAAAAGAGUUGGAUGAGCAAGUCGCUGCUAGUAAAGCUUCAGUUGAUGCUUUUCUGGUGACCGAAGAGAAAUACAAGACAGAGAUUUCCACUUUGACAAAGAAGACAGACGAGCAAACUUCAGAGAUCGAGAGCUUGAAGGAAGAAAAGAAGGCUCUUGAUGAAAAGAUUUUGAAUGUGGAGAACAAUCUUACCAAGGUGAAGGCAGAAAACGAAAUCCUGACAGAAAAGUCUGAAGAGGAAAAAAACAAACUCAAAAAGCAGGUUGAAGAGUUGGAAGCGAAAAUAAGUUCACUCAAAGAGGACCACGAAAGUAAGAGUCUUAGCGGUGUUCAGGAAAAGGAACUGUUGACCAAAGAACUUCAAGUUGCCAAGGAACAGCUCAAAAAACUACAGAAGGAAGUUUCGACUAAGGAAAGCCAGGUGCUUGAAAAGAGCAAAGAAUUGGAAGAAGCUACCAAGUUGUCGGACAGUAAGGCAACGGCAUUGCAAUCUGAAGUUGACGAAAUGAGAAAGAAACUUGAUGAACAUGAAAGCACUUUGAAGACAAAAGAAGUGGAGUUAAAGGAGAAGACUUCUCAAAUUACUGAGGUUCAGGCAAAGGUGGAGGAGCUUGAAAGUGAGCUUCUGAUCGCCAAGACGAAGCUUGAAGAAGCUGAAGCGACUUCUUUGAAGACCACUGAAGAAUUGAAAGAGACCAAGUCUGCGGAAAAUUCAGCAAGAAAGCAAGUUGCUCAACUAGAGAAUGAAGUCAAGGAAUUAAAGUCUAAGAAUGCAGAUUUCGCGGCGGAAAUCGAGCAAUUGAAGGAACAAAAAACGGCUUUGGAGCUUCACAAAACCACCAGUUCUGAGAAGCACGCUUCUUCUGUCGCUGAACUUGAAGAAGCAAUCUCGAAAGCAAAAUUGCAAAUCAAGAAGAAUCUCGAUACUUUAAAGAAGAAAGAUGAAGAAGUCUCCAAGAGUAAAGCGAUAGCCGAAAAACAUGUGGAGACCAUUAGCCGACACGAAAAGAGCAUUGAAGACCAGAAACUGAAGAUCAAUGAAUUGGAAACGAGAGUAUCAGAAACAAACGAGCUGAAGGAAAAAGUUAGAAAAGAGUUGGAACAAAGUGCUUCGAAGCUCCAAGAAUUGACGGACGAAUUGAGCCUGAGCAAGAACGAUUUCCGGACCAAACUUGAAGCCGCUGAACGGCGUGCCAAAGAAUUGGAAGUAUCGUUGUCCGACAAGGAAAAGGAGAUUGAACAAGACCGUGCUCUUUUGAGUGCAAAUUCCGAAACGGCGGUGAAGGAGUACAGCGAAAAAGUAACCAAGUUGGAAGCCAGUAUUUCGGAAUUGAAGAAGCAGAACCACGAGAAAGUCAAAGAGGUGGAAGAUGAAGCUGAGCGUCAGGGUCAAUUGGUGAAGGAAUUGCAAAAGAAGCUCGAGGGCGCCGAAGCAAAAUUGAAGGAAUCCAGCAACGAAAAUAUCAAGAUCGACAAUUUGAAAAAUGAUCUUCAAAAGAAGCUCGAUACGCUUAAUGAAAGUUUCGAGGAAAAGGAUGAGCAGCUCAAGGAGUUGAAAAAAGAGGCGAACCAGAAGACAAAGCAACUUUCCGAAAUAAGAGCCGAGCACGAGGGCUUGAAAGAAAGUGCCAUUGAAUCAAAAAACAAACUUAAAAGUGCAGAGGAUGAACACGGCAAGACGAGAACUGACUUGGAGGCUGCCAGGAAAGAAGUGGAACUGCUCCAAGAGGAGAACGAAGAGUUUGACGAAAAAGUCGAAGAGCUCGAGAAUGAGAAAACAAAAUUGGACGCUCAAAUAUCCACGUUAAAGGAAGAAUUGGCCAAGGUUAAAGAGUCGAACAAUUCAGCAGAAGGUGAGAAACAUGCUUUGGAAAGCACGGUUUCGUCGUUGCAAGAACGGAUCUCAAAUUUGGAGACUUCGCUUUCUACGUACGAAGCCAAAAUAGCCGAGGUUGAUGAAAAUGACGAGAAGAUUUUGGAGUUGGAAAAGGAAGUUCACAAGCUGAAGGAGGAGUUCGAAAAGCAGCGGGAGGAACUUGAAAAGCAACGGGACGAAAACUCGAAGCAAAAAGACGAAAUUGCGAAGCAAAAGAAUGAGGCUUUAAAGCAAAUAGAAAAACUUUCACAAGAAAAUGAUGCUUUGCGGGCCGACUUGGGUGCCAAGACAGAAGAACACAAAGUAUAUUACGAAGACGUAAAGAAGGCGCAAAAAGAGAGUUUAACUUUAGAGCAGAAAGUUACACAAAUGACGGAAGAAAUACGCCGUCUCAAUUUGGACUUGGCAUCUAGCCAAGAAACGGCUAGUGAGGUAGCGAGACUCGAAACCAAGAUGAAAUCGCUCGAAGAGGAAAAUCACAAGCUCGAGUUGCAACGACAAAGUGGGGAACGGGAAAUGGAAAAAUUAAAUCAGUACAACGAUUCACUUCGGGAAGAUGUUGUUGCGCGCGAGCUGCGGCCUGACGCCAAACAAUAUGUUCGUAAGUCCGAGGUGGAUGAUUUGAUGCUUUUGAUGGCGGAUAUGGAUGAAAAGAUACAAGGAUACAAAAAACUACUCAAGAAGCAUGGAGAAGAUGUUUCCAGUGACGAAUCGCUGUCGGAAGAAGAAGAAGAAGAAGAAGAUGAUGAUGAUGAAAAAUGA